AUAACUGUUAUUGGGUGCAGACCAACAUAAGAACAGUGUGUUAGCCUGCAAUUUUCUUUGAUGUUUGCCAAGAAAUAUCUCUACCACAAGAACAAAAUGAAACCAAGUAUGCCUGUGAAUGCAAAUGCUGGUGUUGCAGUGAAGCCUACCAAAGUCACGUUUCAAAGAGUCGUUCAUUCACCUACUGUCAGCAUUCAUAAUCCAACCAUCAUGGAGAACUUCAUUGCAGUGCCAGCAUCGUCAGUAAACACUGAUGGCAUUCAGCAAUCCAAGGCCACAUCGGCCAGCCCAAAGCAUUUCAAACUGGCCAACCGAGCGCCUGGUCAUGUGACCGUCUCCACCCUGUCACAUAGCCAGGCGCUGCACACUCCAGACGGUGCUCACAGUGGAGACAAUGCUGGCGCUGGCAGCUUGGCAAACACUAAAGAGAAAACCCCAAUGUGUCUUAUCAAUGAGCUUGCACGAUUUAACAGGGUCACGCAUCAGUACACUCUAGUUGACGAGCAAGGUCCGGCUCACAAGAAGAAUUUCUUCGUCAAGCUUCAGGUGGACAAGGAGGAAUACUCAGCCUCUGGACCGAGCAUCAAGAAGGCACAGCACGCAGCGGCCGCCAUCGCGCUCGAAAAGACGGCGUUCAAGCACCCACCACCUAAACCCUUGCGAAAACCAGGGCAGGACUUCAGCGAGGUUUUAGGUGAUGGUAGUUCACUAACACCGACGGUGGAACUGAACGCUGUUGCAAUGAAGCGUGGGGAGCCGGCCAUCUACAGAAACAUCGAGAACAGACAGAACAUGUUCUACCCUCACAACUACGACUUUAGAGGAAUGUACAACCAGAGGUACCAUGUCAUGCGACCUCCAAGAAUCUACUACGUUUCGCUCAAAGUUGGCUCGAGGGAAUUCAUCGGGGAGGGCAUAUCACGUCAGGCAGCGCGUCACAACGCGGCCAAGAAGGCGCUGGAGAUAUUGCGGAGUCUGCAGUUACCCGAGGGGCGGAGCGAGAAGGUCGUCUCAUCGUGUGGGGAUGAGGAUGAAGCGACUGAUAAAAAAGAGGCUGGUGAUGAGAAUGAAGACUCCAAAUCAGAAAUCAGUCUUGUCCAUGAAAUUGCUCUUCGCAACAAUCUCCCUGUUGCUUUUGAUGUAAUAAGGGAGACAGGCCCACCACACAUGAAGAAUUUUGUCACACUGUGCACUGUUGGGAUGUUCAAAACAGAAGCCGAUGGCAACAGCAAAAAGUUGUCCAAAAAGAGAGCAGCGGAAUUGAUGCUUAAGGAAUUAAAGAAUCUACCUGUGGUUAUUUCUCCCAUACCGCGGCCAAAAACAAAACCACUGCAAACUAAAAAGAAAAACAGGAACCUGAUUAAGCAGAUGCAGAAAGCAGACGUCCAGUACGGGGUGAACGUGAACCCCAUCAGUCGCCUCAUACAGAUCCAGCAGGCCCAGAAGAAGAAAGAACCAGUCUACACGCUGCUGGCAGAGCGGGGGGUUCCCAGGAGACGGGAAUUCGUCAUUCAGGUGCAAGUUGACGAACACACGUGUACAGGGGUGGGACCCAACAAGAAGCUUGCAAAGAGACAUGCUGCAGAGUCCAUGUUGCAACAGCUGGGCUUCAGUAAACCUUCCCCGCAGCCUGCGAAACCAGCGAUCAAGAUGCAGGGCGAGUCGAGUAUAGGAGAGAAGAAAGUGACAUUUUCUGACAGUCAUGAAGAGCAUAGUCCUGGUGUAAUGAAUGGAAGUCGGCAGAUGGUUCCUGGUUUGAUAGUGUUGCCAGAUAGCAGCAGGGGAAACUACUCUCAGUUCAAAGGCAUUCACGCCCACUUCAGCUCUCAAAAGGCGCCCCAGUUUAGUUUGCGACAUGAGCUCAAACUUCGUGAAGUGUGCAUCUUGAAGAAUCUCGAGAUCAAGUUUGACGAUUUUUCUGGAUCUAGCACGACAGAGCACCUAAGUAGGCUGGUGGUGGCAUCCAACCCUCCACAGGUGCUGCAUGGCACUGGACCCACGCUGGAGGCCGCCAGGGACUCCGCCUCAUUGGCUGCCCUGAAAGUGCUAGGAGAGGUAACCAAGGAGGAAUCCUCUACGGUUGCCAUGGCUGCCAGCGGUGAUGCGUCCCAAGUGAAGCGAGAGCUAUGAUAAGACACACACACACACUUUGUAUAUUGAUAUUACCCAAAAUUCAGCGGCAACUUGAUUAGCCUUUUUUUGGUAAUUUCAAACAAAACAGCUGUGAAUUUGUUCUGUAUGAUUAUGUUUUUAAAAACUGUUUCCAAACUUUGGAAUAAAUGUACAGUACAGCUUAAAUCAGACAUGCUUUUUUGCUAAGUUUUAGCGAAAGUAUGACACAUUUUGAUUUACAAGUGGUAAACUAUACUUCAUGAAUAUUUUAGGACUGACAAGAUUGUUUGAAAGUUUUAACUAAUAGAUUUAGUACCUAUGACCUAAUUGGGUUGUAUUACACAAUUUCCUGCUAUGUUUAUCUUAAAGCUUUAAAGAUUCCAUGUAAGAAACUCUGUUUUCAAAUGUUUAAGCCAUCGAAAAUUGUUAUGAGUACACACAUAUUUUAUUGACAAAAAUGUGGUUCAUUUAGGCUGUACUGUGAAUGUUAGAGUUUAUAUACAUAAACAUAUAAAAUAUGAGGAAGAUCUAUGAUGGCAAAAAAAUACAGGGGGCUGCUUAAGAAGAGGCAGAGAUGACAGCCAGACCAGUAUAUUGAAAUAUCUAAUAAUUUCUUUAAUCUAAGGUAAUUCUUAGUUUAACAUUUGUAAAUAAGGUAUCUAUGUAUAAUCUGUUUAUAUGCCAAAAAAUAUUGAUAUAAUAGCUUCCCUCUGAGAAAACGGUACUUGUGUAAAGUGUCUUCCCUGAUUAGAAAGAUUACUCAGGGACUGGAUUUUUGUUUUGAAAAGACUUCCUUGAAACAAAAUAUUCCAUUCAAGCGGACAGUUUCCUCACUGAUAAGCCUGUGCAAACUGCGCUGGCUAACCAGGGACAACAAUCAGGGACAACACCUUUGCCCCUAUUUCCCCGAGUGAGGCUCUUAUUUAAGUUCAAUAGAUGUUCACGCUUUUUGUGUUAAGCAGUCUUUAGAAGUCAGUGGAAGCAAAUGAAAGCUGGUCACAGCAGCACCCUGUCAUUUGGCUCUGGAUCUUUCACUAACAAAACUGAUAAAAAAAUAUCUGUUGGAAGACUUGAAUGCGUUUGUGUGGAUUCAUGUAUUUACUAAAAAAAUGUCAGAGAAUGUUUGACAAUAUUUUUUAAGAAGAUCGUAUGACUUGUCAGUAUUUUACUUUUUCUCAGAUAUUUUUUUAAUGUUGGAAAUUUUGGCAUCUAUAGUUUUGUUGAAAGUGUACACUAUUUAAGUUUAUAUUAAAGUUUUGUUGACUUCAAACAUGAAUACUUUCACCAAGAACAAUAUAGCCAAAAAGCAAGCAAAUACUUGUAUUUCUUAAGCCAAUACACAUCCUAUCAUUGAUGGUGGUAAUUGAUGGUUGGUUUGCCAUUUGAGUGUUCUUUUUGUAUCAGUUGAAAUAUGUGUGAAGUUUGGAUGUUAUUGCAUUGACUUCUUUUGUUUGUCAGUUUUUGUCAACAUGCAUCUUUAUGUAAAUUGUGAUUGAAAAAGGUGCAAAAAUAAUUUUUCGUUGAAUUUUCUAAAAAUGAAGUUUUUAAUUUUGGAUUGAAGAUUUCUUAUUGUUGAUAUAAAACAAGGUUGUUUUAUUUCAUAAUUUCAAAGUAAAAUAACUAUGAUUAUGUUUGUGUCAACUUUUAUUUUAUUCUUUAUCUGAUAUCUGAUAAGUUUAGUUUAUACCAUUUAUUAAUGCUCAAAAAGACAGUCUGGAUUCAAUUUCCUGUGUAGAAUUGGCAUCUGUAAAGAUCUUCAGAGUUAGGAUGCAAUCCUGGGCCCAAUAUCAUGAACACUCACAAUAUUUCAGUGCUUAUCAGAAGUUGGGAUUUGAGUUGCAAGAUUUCUGAGUUCUGAGAUAUUUAGUCAGCUCACAAGCAGCUUCAAAUCUCAGCUUUAGAAAUAUUCACGUGUUCUUCCUCAAACUCAGCGUCGACCUUGACUCCAAAGGUUGCCGAGGCGUAGUGGAUAUGGUGUUUGUCUGCCUAGCAAUCGGAAGGUCGCGGUUCAAUCCCCACUAUAGGAGCGUUCUUUGGAUCUUCUUCAAAGACACCAUGUACAGGUUCAAAUCCCAGGAAUGGACUCAAGAGCGUUUCAAAUAUGCCUUAGGAUUUCUAUGUACUUGAGUUAAAAUAAAUAGGUUUAAGCUAAGUCAGACUAAAAAACUCUGAAAAUCUUUCUGUUAUCAACAAAAUGAGCAUGGUGGUCUAUCUCAUCC